CAUACGUUAUAACAUGGACUCUACCAGCUUUUUUUGUAAACAUUGUGUCUGAAUUACUCAAAGCAUAUAAAAUAAUGUUCUUAAUCUAUCAAAAUCAUUUUCUAUAUUUUUAUUGAGAAUAAAUUUAUUUGUGCUGGAAUUAUGUACUCUAAACAAGUUUUAAAUAGUGCUAUUAGUUUUAAAAAACAAAACCUAACCUUUCAAGUGUGUUUACGUUACUUGCAUAAACACACAUCUUGUUCUUCUGAUUAUUUAGAUACAAAUUAUAAGAAAAAUACGAGAUGUCAAUUGAAUAUGCAAUAUGUAGGCCAUAGAAAAAUAAAUUUGACACAAAAUUAUGGGAAACAGUACGUUGGAAUAUUUCAAAAAAUACCAAAACAAUUGGUAAAUUAUCAACCUUCAAGAUCGUAUGGAGAUGUUGCACCUGAAUUAAAGCUUGAUAUUCCAUUAGAGCAUUAUACUCCCUUUUUUAAAGUUUUAAUUGAUAGUCCUCCUAUUUUAUACUGUCAAGAAUCUUUAAUUGCUCUGCAUUCUGCAAUUGGCUUACCAUGGUGGGCUACUAUUGUGUUAACUACAAUAGUAGCAAGAACCUUUGUUACAUUACCUCUUACACUGUACCAGCAAUAUAUUUUUGCAAAGUUGACUCUGAUCAAAUAUGAGAUGGAUGAUAUUGUGAAAGACUUGAAAUUACAAGCAACUGCGGCUGUGAGGUAUUAUAAUUGGGAGGAAGCUUUUACAAGAAGUAUAUAUAACCAAACAGUACGAGAAGAGUACAAGAAAUUGGUAAUUAAAGAAAAUUGUCAUCCGUUGAAAGCUUUCAUAGUACUAUUAUUACAAAUACCCAUGUGGGUUAUUUUGUCAGCAUCGUUGAGAAAUUUAUCCUGUAUGUUACCACAUCCAACACCAGCUGGUAUUCAAGCAUUUCAACAACUUUCGGUUGAAGGAUUUGGAUGGAUAUCAAAUCUCACUGCUACAGAUCCUUGGUGGAUUCUUCCUGUACUAAGUGCAACAUGUCACUUAAUUAAUCUUGAGUGUUUAAAUGCUUUGAGACAAGCUGAACCAUCAAAAAUACAAAAAAUUGGAGAUUAUCUUGCUCGAGGUGUCAUACUCAUAUUCGUUCCUAUCUCUGGACUCGUUCCAACAAGUAUGACUUUAUAUUGGACUACUAGCAGUGUGUAUGGGAUUUUUCAAACUUUGGUUAUCUACUCACCAAGAGUUCGAAGAUUUGUUCGAAUACCUGAGACUGAGCUUGAACUUGAUCAUCCUUACAAACAUUUACACGCUAGAUUGAAGAAAAAAUUUUUAUCAAACAAUAAAGAGAAUAAAAUAUAAGUAUUUAUUUAA